UAUUCACCAAUUGCUACGAUUGACGGACGGAUACAGUCGGGUGUCCGCCACGCGAAGAGCGACCUCGUUCGCUUGCGUCCGUUUAUUAUUAAGCCGUCGCGCGUCGCUAGCGACGUACGCGACACAUUCAUCAUAGAGUUAUGACACUGUGAAACGGUAGUAUGAGUAAAGCCGAAUCUUCAGCGGAAGGCGUCGUGCCCAGCGUGGCAAUAAACGUGGACCAAUAUGACGAUCCGGACGAGGAAAGUUCAAAGCUUCUCCAUGCUAACGCACCCACACCGAUCGUGACGCCCUCUGGACAAAUGCGCAAGGUGAAGAGCUUCAGCGAUACACACAGACUGCGAGAUGUGUCUACCGCUUCAGGUGCAGCAUCAGCUCGGUGCCUGCGCCCCUAUGAGCAGGUGACCCCAUACCCCGAAGGCUCCGAGUGUGGAACAAACCAAUAUGGAGCACCUUCUGUCAGAUCUCUUGCAUCAAUCGGAAUGGGAUGCACGGAUGGGCGUAAAUUGGUUAUUAGAAGAGUGCCGAUCCCUACGGAACUGUUUCAUUUAGUGCGACCUCCUACGCCGCCGGAUGAAGACACGGGGUCACACGAAAGCGACUGCGAUGAGGAAGAGGAGGACGCCGAAACGGACCACCUCAAACCAAGACGGCCAUUCUGGCCAAACAAGAUACAGUUCGUGCUGGCAUGUGUGGGCUACUCCGUCGGCUUGGGCAAUGUGUGGCGCUUUCCAUAUCUAUGCUACAAAAGCGGAGGAGGUGCAUUCCUUAUUCCUUACUUCAUAAUACUCCUAGUUUGUGGCGUGCCUAUGCUCUUUAUGGAGCUGGCAAUUGGACAAUAUACUGCGCACGGACCAAUUGGAGCACUCUCGCAAAUAUGUCCUCUGUUUACAGGUGCUGGUAUUGCAAGCGUGGUGAUCUCGUUCCUAAUGUCGACAUAUUAUGCAGUAAUAAUAGCCUGGGCAAUUUACUACUUCUUCACAUCGUUUAAGACCGUAGUCCCGUGGGCUAACUGCAACAACCGGUGGAAUACUGCUCAAUGCUGGCAGCCUGUUCAUAAUCUUACCAAGCCAAAUGGAUCUCAAACGGCCACUGAACAAUUCUUCGAGAAGAAGGUAUUAAGCAUGAGUGAUGGUAUUGAAUAUCCCGGUGGCAUGCGGUGGGAGUUGGCUGCUUGCUUAUUCUGUGCUUGGUUGUUAGUGUAUUUCGCCCUAUGGAAAAGUAUCAAAUCUUCGGCUAAAGUGCGAUACAUCACAACAACACUUCCAUUUCUGCUGAUUAUAGUCUUUCUUGGCCGAUCACUCACCCUCGAUGGCGCCGACAAAGGAUUAAGAUUUUUCUUCAAGCCGGAAUGGGAAUUGUUAAAGACAUCAAGGCCCUGGGUUAACGCAGCGUCACAGAUCUUCAACUCGAUUGGAAUAGCGUUUGGAUCGAUGAUAAUGUUCGCCUCAUAUAACAAAUUUGACAACAAUUUCUUGCACGACACAUUGGCUGUAUCUCUCGUCAAUGCUGUCACUAGUUUAAUCGUGGGGAUAUUUACAUUCGCCACGAUCGGAAACAUAGCUUUCGAACAGAACACUUCUGUAAAGGAUGUCAUUGCCGACAGUCCUGGAUUACUGUUCGUUGUGUACCCUCAAGCAAUCGCAAAGAUGCCUGCAUCGCAACUUUGGGCAGUCCUAUUCUUCUUUAUGUUCCUCUGUCUGGGAUUAAAUAGCCAGUUUGCCAUAGUUGAAGUCGUAGUAACUUCAAUUCAAGAUGGUUUUCCAGAUAUGAUACGGAAAAAGCUUGUCUACCACGAACUGUUGGUACUAUUGGUAUGUGUGGUAUCGUUUCUGUUUGGAUUACCACACAUCAUACACAGUGGCAUUUACGUUUUCCAACUAAUGGAUUAUUACGCUGCCUCGCUUAGUAUCACAUAUCUCGCAUUCUUUGAAGUGGUUGCUAUAGCAUGGUUUUAUGGUGCUGGCAGGCUGUCCCAGAACAUCAAGCAAAUGACAGGUCGCUACCCAUCUUUAUACUUCCGAAUAUGUUGGUUAAUUGCGGCACCAGCAUUGCUGCUGGCGCUGUGGGUCGCUAGCUUGGUGGACUACACGCCGCCGAGUUACCGUCAGUACCAGUACCCUGGAUGGGCGCAGGGUCUUGGCUGGGCAGUCGCGUCUCUUUCACUAUUGUGCAUACCAGUUUAUGCGGUCAUUGUCGUGGCAAGAGCGCCGGGGAAAACAAUAGGAGAGAAAUUGCGGUAUUCCAUCCGUCCUAAUGCAGUAUGCGAGUGCGGUGUGAACGAGUGUGACGUGUGCGGCUCCGACUCCGAACCGCCCGACGACAAGCAGCCCACCAUUACCUACUACCAACAAUCAUAGUUUCCUAGUCCUAACUAAUUAAUACAAAUUAGAAAUGUUCAUCACAGAAUGUUCGCUGCAAUUAAGAUGUGAUAUGCCCAGUGUAACCGCGCACGAAACGUUUAGAGUACAAUAAUUAAAACAAAAAUAGGUAGAGUAAAUUGAACUCCGCUUUCGUAUAUAUAGUAACACAACGCACUGUCAAUCGCUGUGGUUGUCAGGUUACUUCAUGUAAUUUUUAACGCUACUUCGAGUAAACAAUUACUUUAAAGUACGUUCUCUAAAAAAUCGAUCGAAUACCUAAACCAAAAGGCCACAUUUAAGGCCCGAUGUGUGACAAAUAUAGAAAUGUUUGGAACAUAGUUAGUAAAUAAAUAAACAAAGACAAUAAUAGACUAGAAUAAGAUAUUUUCCGCGCUAUCAUUAUCCUUUUUUAUUAAUAAUGAACGUAAAGGCACUUGACCUAAUACUGCUAUCGCGUUUAGCAGUGACACAAUUUUCUUAGCACUCGAGACGUGUGGUGAAGCACCUACCGCGUACGGUCAAGUUAGCGCUAAUCACUCAUUCUACUGAUUAAAUCGAGAUAACAACGUGAGUUGUGUACCUAAGUCAAACUGUUGCUUUUAAUAUUAAAAUGUAUUGUUCUCAUAGUUCUCAGGCUAUACGAGAAUAUGUAUGUAUAUAUCUUAGAAUAUCAAUUGUUAAGGUCAUUCAAUAAGGAAAUAUUGAGACGUAUAUGUUGUAACAAUUGAUAUGGUAUUUCAAAACAAUCAUCAGAUUCUUUUUUACUUUUUUUUGCAUUCUCAUAUUUUGUCUGUUAUGUAACAUUCCAGAUUGCUGUGAAACAAUGUGUAAGUAUCGCUAUUAUAAGUUCAAGUUCAGUUAAGUCAUUAUUUGUGAUAAAAACAUUCCAUGCUUUAUAGGUUUUCCUGUUAAGAAAAUGUUAUGUUAUGAAUGCCAUGCUUCUUCAUGGCUAAUUAAAUAUUAGAUUAGUUGUGGAAAGUCUUGCAGACUGUUUGAAGUAUUUAUUAUAACUGCUAAGUAAAUAAAGGUUGUGUUGAUCGAUUAUAUGUUGACGAUCAAAAAUUAGGUACAUUUACUUGAUGAAUCAAUAUAGGUACAAAAGAUUGAAAAAAUGCUUAUUGUAUUUAUAGGCUUUAUGAUUAAUUAAUUAAGUUUCAUCAUGUUUUUCUUUCGUUGCCCAGUCCAAUUUAUAUACAUAAUUAUAUAGUUUUUAAAGAAUUUACCUCAAUUUAAACUAUCAUACAAAUCAAAAGUACAAUGCAGACACUAUCAGAACAUGAGAAUGUAAUGUAUUACAACAUGAAGCUAUGUAAAUAUUUAGGGAUGUAAAUACCUAAGUUGCUUAUGAGAUGUUACCAAUGUUAGUGGUAUAAGAAAUAAACCAAGAAUACUGAAAAUA